UUUCCUCUCAGAGGGGCAGCAGGAAGUGAGAAGAAAGGCUGGGAUGGGAGGCGGGAGCCGGUGGGAGGGAAUGGGGUUUAUCAAGUCCCCGGCGGACUGCCCAGCGGGCAGCAGCUGGUGCAAGUAGCCUAGCUGGAGAGGCUCACCUCAAGAAGAAGGGAAGCCGCGGACAUACUGGGCCGAUACAGACUUCCACACAGUUCCUGAGCUGGUGCUUGGCAGGUGACACUUCCUGCAGCACCCAGCAUGCGGGCAGGCUUGGGCCCCACCAUCACAUUGGCCCUGGUGCUGGCGGUGGCAUGGGCCAUGGAGCUCAAGCCCACAGCACCACCCAUCUUCACAGGCCGGCCAUUUGUGGUAGCAUGGGAUGUGCCCACGCAGGAUUGCGCCCCACGCCACAAGGUACCACUGGACCUGAGGGCCUUCGAUGUGGAGGCCUCACCUAAUGAGGGUUUUGUGAACCAGAAUAUCACCAUAUUCUACUAUGACCGUCUGAGCCUGUAUCCACACUUUGAUUCAGCUGGGGUGUCUGUUCAUGGUGGUGUGCCACAGAACGGCAGCCUCUGGGCACACCUGCAGAUGCUGAAGAAACCUGUGGAGCACUACAUUCGCACCCAGGAGCCUGCAGGGCUGGCAGUCAUUGACUGGGAGGAUUGGCGGCCUGUGUGGGUGCGUAACUGGCAGGACAAGGAUGUAUACCGCCAGUCAUCACGUCAGCUGGUGGCCAGUCGUCACCCUGACUGGCCAUCAGACCGAAUAGUCAAACAGGCUCAAUAUGAGUUUGAGUUCGCUGCGCGGCAGUUCAUGCUGGAGACACUACGCUAUGUAAAGGCAGUCAGACCUCGGCACCUCUGGGGCUUCUACCUCUUUCCUGACUGCUACAACCAUGAUUAUGUACAGAACUGGGAGACCUACACAGGCCGCUGCCCUGAUGUCGAGGUGGCCCGCAACGACCAGCUGGCCUGGCUGUGGGCUGAGAGUACAGCCCUCUUUCCCUCUGUCUACCUGGAUGAGACACUGGCUUCCUCUGUCCAAGGCCGCAACUUUGUCAGCUUCCGUGUUCAGGAGGCCCUUCGUGUGGCUCACACCCAUCAUGCCAACCAUGCACUCCCAGUGUAUGUCUUCACACGGCCCACCUACACCCGCAAGCUCACAGGGCUUAGUGAGAUGGACCUCAUCUCUACCAUUGGUGAGAGUGCAGCCCUGGGUGCCGCUGGUGUCAUCCUCUGGGGUGAUUCAGUGUACACCUCAAGUAUGGAGACCUGCCAGUACCUCAAGAAUUACCUGACACAGAAGCUGGUCCCCUAUGUAGUCAACGUGUCCUGGGCCACCCAGUAUUGCAGUUGGACCCAGUGCCAAGGCCAUGGGCGCUGUGUGCGCCGCAUCCCCAGCUCCAGUACCUUUCUGCAUCUCAGUACCAGCAGCUUCCGCCUGGUGCCUGGCCAAACACCUGAUGAACCCCACCUGCGGCCAGAGGGGGAGCUCAGCCGGGCCGACCUCAACUACCUACAGACACAUUUUCGCUGCCAGUGCUACUUAGGCUGGGGUGGCGAGCAGUGCCAGUGGGACCGUAGGCGGGCAGCUGGAGGUACCAGUGGGGCCUGGACUGGGUCCCACCUCACCAGCCUGCUGGCUCUGGCAGCUGUGGCCCUCACCUGGACCGUGUAAGUGUCUUCCACCUGGCUACUAAGCCAGCGGGCCUCUGCCACAGGGCUCUCCUGGGCUGUAGGAGCCUGAGGGGAUAGACAAAUGAGUCUGGAGGGGGCAGAGCCCCCAGGAUGCCCAGUAGGGCAUCCAUACCAGCUAUCAGCCCCCUGUUCUAAGGGGGAGGGUAAGUCCCUGGAAAGGCUCCUUCUGAAGCUACAACUGGGCUGGGGAGGGCCCAGCCUGCUCCCUUGCCUCUGGAUAGUUUAUUAUUAUUAUUUUGAGGUCUUUUUUGUAAACUAAAUAUAAAACAAUUGC